CAUUUUUGUUCAAAUUUCAAAUACUUUUUUAUUUAUAUAUAUAAACAUUUCUUUUAUUUAUUUAGUUUUCUUUUUUUUUUUUCUGUUUCAAAUUGUGUGUAUCAGUUUUUGUUGCAAAUCCCACGCUUUGUCCGUAUCCGAUCACUCCUUCAUCUGAUCUGUAUCGUCCGAAAACGCCAUUUUCUCAUUCAAUGAUUGUGUGUGGACUCUGAUUUGGCUUCAAAUUUUGUAAUUUUUCAUCUUCAUUCUUCAUUCAUUUCUUUAAUAUUUCGACUUGUUUUCCCUCCGAAAAUCGCUGCAAUCCCUGUCUUCAUUACCAGAUCGACCUGUCUCGAUCUGAGGUUGAGGAUUGCUUGGAUUAGCAGAAUCUGGAGGGUUUUGUUUAAUAAGAAAUAGGUUUAUAAAGUUCUUCCUGGUUGUAUCUCAAGGGAGAUUGCAAUGGAUGAAAGUGGUUCUGAAACUGAGAUAAAAGGUGUAAAAGAAGCACUUGGAGCUGGUCAACAGCUUCUUCAGAAGCUUUAUUUAGAGCUUGAUAAAGAAAGAGAAGCCUCAGCUUCUGCAGCAAGUGAAGCCUUGUCAAUGAUUCUUCGUUUGCAAGAAGAAAAAGCUGCUAUGAAGAUGGAAGCAAGUCAAUAUCAGAGAAUGGCAGAGGAAAAAAUUUCUCAUGCUGAAGAGUAUCUUACUAGUUUUGAAGAAAUGAUACUUCAAAAAGAGAUGGAAAUUGCUUCUCUUGAAUUUCAAGUCCAGGCUUAUAGAUAUAAACUCUUGAGCUUGGGUUGUCCUGAUUUAGGUCCCUGUGAACCUAGGUUUGCUGAUAAAUCUCUACUUCAAAAGGAGGUCUCUAGUGCUGAAUCUGGUGUAAGUGGCAAGGUGAGAAGAGCAAAGUCGUUGCCUCCGACUCAAUUCGAUGAAUUGUAUGACAGAGAAGAUGCUGCAGAAACGGAGACAUUUGAGGUUCUUAAACCAGAUUGCCACCCGAAUAUUGUGGAACGUCCUAACCAUUGUUCGUGGGAACAGAUCGAGAUCUUAGAUGAACAAAUAAAAGAAAUAUCUGAUUCUAGAGGAAGUAGUGAAGACAGAUCUGAAAGUUUGAAUAUUGGGAUGGGUGUUUGCCCCUCAAGCAUUCAUGAUAAAACUGAUGAGUCGAGGGCAGUUAAGCCUGACGUAAGCCCGAAAUGUUCUAGUUCAUCAAGUGUUCAAGACAUUUAUGAGAUCCCAGAGGCUGAUAUGGAUUUUAAAGGUUGUCGAAAUCGGAUCCAACUUCAGAAGAAGUUUCUUUUUGAAGGUGAGAAUGGACUAGGAAAUCCAGAACCAAUGCCGAUUGAACCAUUCAAACUGCACCAUAAAGGUGAGCAAACCAAGGCAAAGAAAGCUUCUAGUUGCAAAAGCCAGAAGAACAAAUCACCAAAGCUAAGGAGAGGGAAAGCUAUAGGAUCGAGCGCAAUUUCUGCUCGUCAACAAAUCGAUGAAAUUGUUGCUGAGUCUCAACCUUUUCAACAACUAUGCCACAUAAUAGAGAAGCUCGAACAAAACAAAACUAGUGCAAGGCAAGAGAUUACUGGUACAGGGGUAGGGGAGCUGUUGAAAGAGAUACAAGAACAGCUGAAUUCUAUUCAAUCUGAGAUGAAAAGUUUGCAAAUCAAGCAGCGCCCUGCACAGAAAAACUCCUUGUUCGAUCUUCUACAAGAGGCAAUGCUACACUGUUGGUUUUGAUCAAACAUUGUGUUCUCUUCUACCUUGUCACCCUACAGCCCUGAUGUUUAACAAAAGUUUUGGUUUUGACUGUGAGUUUGGUUGAUGAUUCUGAUUUAGUGUGUGUUUGAUUUUUUCUUUUUAACAUAUGGUAUAGAUUGGAUUUGAGUUCGUAGAAUGUAUAAAAUGUAGAGAUCAGAUGCUAUACUGUAUAUAAAUCAGUAAUAUGACAAGAGUGGAGCAUGUCUUUAGCAGAAAUGUAUCAAGGUAUUGGUUGUUGUUUAUUUGCCUCUAAAUCUUGAGUGAAAUACAGUUGUGUUUGUUACUUAAAUACAUACCCAUGUUGUUCUAUAGUUUUCA